GCCAAAGCUCAGAAGUUUGACCGAACUAACCAUGGCAAGCUGCGAUAACACAGUCGGAAUAACGGACUCGACCAAUAUAUCCACGAAGUAAGUUGUCUUCAGCUUUUUCAAACGGUUUUCUACGAAGCAGACCUGUUCUUCUCCGCGUACGAAAUGUCCUUUUUGCUUGUUUUGACCUUUGUGUAUUGUCUUCUCUCUGUUUAACAGAUUCAAGCAAAGGUUCUUUUUAUUUACCAGACAUUGUUAAUGUUUUGAAUAUUAGUUUGAAGGAGUAUUAAUUGUCAAAGUAUGUUUACUUUUUCCUUUGCUUGUUCGAUUUCUCGCUCGGGUACAUUUGGUGUGUAGUUUAUGUAAAUUCAAUUUGUCAUUGUGACGAAGAACUCUUAAGAAGCGUUGAAUUCUGAGAUUGUGUGGCACUUGCUAGCUCGAUAAAACACUCAAAAUAUAUCUUAAAUACACAUUCAGCUCGUGGAUGCUUCAAAUUUUGGAUUAAGUAGAUGCAUUUGUACGGAAAACCUUGCCGCGUUUUCUUUGCGUACAUGCUGUUUCUUCAUAAUACAACUUGAAUAGAGCGAUUUAUUCUGCCGCUGGAAAAAAUAGAUCUGUUUGAUUCUUCGAAGUAAAACAGUACGCCCCAUUUAGGUAUGGUUGAAGGAAACUAUGUCGUCUUCGUAUGUUCUACUUUUUCCUUUUGAACGCCUGCAAUAUAGAAAGCAAUUUUUUUACCGCGUGUAUUUGAAAGGCCGAUCCACGAAGCCAUAAAUUAUUAAAAGCUUCGAAGGCAAAUUUUGACAUCUCACGAGUUUUGCUUGGCAUCACGCUGAAAUAUAGUCAGUAAUUGUGUUAUCUGUCGCUGCAAAAAGCUGUUAGGUGUAAAUAAAUUUAUGGGCUAAGAUCGUUCGGAUUAUGAUUUGUACAAGGCAAACAUCUCUUACAAUCAAGCGUAAAGGUGAUGAAAGCGAAAGUUGCCAUUGAAUAGUAAAUUUGAAUUAAAAUGGAUGGCAUUUGAAGGCAUUCAUCUGCUUAUCAGUAGACGUCUUUCACGAUGUUGCCUCCUCAAGAUCCGAAAAAUUUGAAAGCUUUAACUCGGUGGACUAUCCAAAAACCUUCAGUGAAACACGAUAUCACCGAAUAGUUUCCUUGAUUCGCAGUAAUCACACUAUAUUAAUUUAUGACAAUCAUUUUCUAUUUUCCACCAUAAGCAAAUGCAAAUUCGUUGCUGUUCGUUUCAAUAAAAAUAACACAAUGGAGUGUUGUAUACCUGUUAAGGUUAUGUCAUAUAAAGUUUGGCCUUUCUAUAACAUCACGUAAAAACACUGAAUACUUAUUUGAGAGGAAAAUGAGAAGGGCGUACUAAAAGAUUGAUCCUUAUCCUAUUUACUCUGCAAAUAAAAUCUUUCAACUCCUUAAUUACAAAAUGUAAAUGUUCACAUUUCAUCGCCCAUGAAACAUCCAACUUUUAAUGAAACUGACAAUUAGGUAAACACAAUUAAUUUCUUCUGCAAACAGCAUUGUUUCAUUGUUAUCACUCUAUAAGUUUGCAAUGUUCAUUACUUCAUAACUGCUGUAGCAAUAGUGCUGUUUUCUUAAAAUUGUGCUGUUCAUCAAAAGUGAUGUUAUUGCUGUGUCGUUUCCAUAGUCUGAUGAGCGGGUCAGCUCAAAAUAGUGUCUGUCCCCCAAAUUAUGUUGAUCUAGUGAGGUCUUCUGAUAUUGUUUCUUGAUUGUGUUUUAUCUAGGAAAUUCGCUCUUGAGUCCUUGUCUCAAUAUUAUGUUUGAUAUUGUCAGUGGAUUUACAAGUUAUUUACAAUCAAAGUUAACUUGAUAGGUACUUUAAAAGCCUCAUAAAAGGCAGUCACUAUAUGAAUAAUUAUCACAACAUAUUGGGCAAAAUAUCUUCAUUUGCAAUUAGGUUAGAUUGAUGAGGGAUACUAUGCACUAUUUUAAACUACUGUUAGAUGAAUGGUGAUAGCAAAGUAAUGGAAAUUCUGUUUUCAAACAUGUAGGUGUCAAGUAUUUAUCACUGUUCUUUUAUUUUAAACCAAUUUUUGAUCAUGAGGUGUGAAAUUUCAAUUUUCACGGCUUUUAGAAGUGCUUGGCUGAGUAAUGUUCUCUAACAGUGUCACCUAUUUUAAGAGUAGUCACAGGAUAAGCAGGCUUUUCUUGACCUUUGUGGUUUUCAAAGUUUUGUUUAUAAGAUCUCAUGGGAGACCUCUGCAGGCUCCUUAGGAAUUUGCUAACCCAACAUUUUCAGUUUUGCUUAAGUUUGUUUUGUUUUGUUUUUUUUUCCAUUGCUGAUUAUAUUUUUAUUUUGUAUAUAACUUUCAAAAUAUUUGGUGUUUCAAACCUCCCUUUUACCUGCAUCACAUAGAUAUGGUUUUUCAUGUUCUUGAAAGGUUGGUCAGAAAUGCUCUACAAAUCAGCUUGGUGAAACUGAAAAUUAAUGAGGCAAUUUUUGCUUUACUAAACAUGAUUUUGUGAACAAGUACAUUUUAGAAUACAAGAGAGUAUUUCCUGUUGGAUAGAAGUAACCGGGGCUGUGCUCUGGCAAUGCUCUGUGGUCCCUGGCACCUAAUUUUGCUCUUGGGCGACUAGAGAUUCUUUUUUUUUUGCUUCUUCUUUAAAAAAGCAUAAGCUUGGCACCCUGGAUUCCAACAUUUCAGAGCUCUGGGCUCCCUUGUAUUUUUCUCAGAGCACAGCCUUGAUAAUUGUUUUGAAAAUUAAGUAAAAUGAAUCAGUCCAUAUGAAGUAGUGAUUAGAUAAAAAAUGAGGCAGAAAGUUUGCAAUUAUUUCAUUCACCCAGACCUUGGAGAGAACCUAGUGUGAAAUAUUGCCAGAAGUUAGUGGGCACACACAGAUUGACAUUUGGAAAUUUAAAAUCAAUUGGAUUUUCUAUUUAAAAUUUAAUCACAAUACAGAUUGGUUACUAAGCAAUUCAUUGUAAUACUGUAAGUUAUGUGCAAUCAAAUAAAUCAAUAAGGUUUAUUUUAUUAUUCUUACAACAGAGUUCUUGCACCUCCUGGUGGGAAAACAUCCAUCAGUUUGUUUGGUGGUGAUGCACCUGAACCACCUGCUCCUAAGAAGGAGGUAAAUGCCUGCCAAGCAGCUCGAAACAAAUCCAAUGUCUUUGCAUCAGAUGGUCCUGCUUCUGACACAGCAGCUGCUCACCAUAAGCAAAGUCAACAAAGAAGGCAACAUUCCAGUGUGUUUGGUGAGUCAAGCCAACCUGCACCAGUGGCUCAACCUUUUGAGCCUGAGCCGCGAAAGCCUCACACAGUGAAUCCUCACCAGGAGGCACGGCAAAAAUCUUCACUUUUUAAGGAGCCUACAGAACCAGCCAAACCUCCCCCACCAAGGAAAGGCAGUGACAUCAUUGCAGGACGCGGCCAAGAUGAACCAGCUCAUACAUCAGUGAAAGUGCAUGCUCCUCCUGGUGGAGUUUCUCACAUCUCUUUUGGUUAAUUUUCUAUUCAUUUAAGACACAUUAUUUUUUAUCUUCAUUCUUAUUUUGUUACCAUUAGUCCAGUGUACUCAGUGUUCCAAUGCCCGAUUCAUGGUUAAAUCAAAACUGUAAAAUUGAAAUUCAUGGUCAUUGUUAAGGAAACAAGGCAUUUCUUUAAAAGAAGCACUUCUCUUCUCAUGCAAUUUUUGUCACAACAGCUCCUAUCUUUUAACUUAAGUGUAAGUAUUUAAGUACUGUAUGUUUUCUUCUCAUCUUCUCAAUUUCUUAAAGCAUGUUUCUCAAGUUACUUUCAGCAAGGAAUUUUUUUCACCCAAGGUAAAAAUUACCCCCUGGGCACUCAUUUCUUUUCAUUUGUUUGUAAAUUAUUGUUAAUAUCAUUGUCUUUGUGAAGGGGCAUUUUUUAACUUAACAAUUUUAAGUACUUAGGUCAAGUAUUACCUGCGGAUGUUUUGUCAUGUAGGGUGUAAUUUAUUGCAGAGUUAAGGGAAGAUUCAACAUUCAGAAAUUAAAUUUUACUGAGCAAUAUUAUGUGUGUAAAACUGUUGAACUUUGAGGCAUCAAGAUCAUAUAAUUUUUGCUGACAACAUAUGGUGUCAUUCUUAAUAUGUUGUUUCCUCUUGAUAAUGUUAUGUCAACAGUGUGUUAUACUUACAUGUAGCAGGUACAACUGACUUGUGCCUAAAGGGGACUCAUGCUUUGUAGCAACCUUUGUUUAAAAACUUAGAAGUGCCCCAUUUUCUGAGAGCCUGCUUACAUUUUUAUGCAAAUCACACCUCCAAAAUAUCAUGUUGAGGUGAACUGUACACUGUAAGUAGAGAGCAGUUCUUAAGUUUGAGUGUCUUUAGACUUACCUAAUUAAAGUGUUAUUUAGUUGUGUAUAGGUGCCAUAAGUCUGUUAGCCCUUUGCGAUCUUAAAUACAGUAGAACCAUGCUAACUUGAAGUAGAUGAACUGAAACAAAGUUUUGUUUUUGCCUAUAUUUGACCCCAGUUUUCAGUCAUUUACUCUCAACUAACUAAACUUUGGUUAACUUGAACUAAUUUUACUUUCCCUAUGCUCAGAUUUACCCUGAUAACUUGAACUUUACUCAAAAUGAUGGUCAUAAUCGUCAAACCUCUCAAACUGUAAUACAUCUGGUUAAACUUCUCUAACCUAACAUUCUUAUAAAAAAGCUCUUAUAAAACAAACUAAACAUUUCAAAAUGACUUUUAAUUGUGCAAUAAUGAUAAAAACACGAUUCCUAAUUACUUAUUAACUGGAUAAUUAAAAAUUAACCAGAAAAAAUCAAAUCCCCUCUGGCUUGAACAGUUUGAAAUAUUUUCUGUUUCCCUCAGGAGUUUGAGUCAGUGUGGUUGUACUGUAUGUAUUUAGCAAAGUAAGAGGUAACAGUUACAUUUAAUAUUUUAAACCAGAAAAACAUAACCAUUUCAGUUAUAGCUACUUAAGUGUAGUUUUAGUAUCUAAUCUUUGGGUUAUAAGAAAAAACUUUCCCACUAGGCAAUUGGUAGCACAACUUCAUUCAAGGUGGCAUGGUGGAUAUCAGAUUGUAUGAAGCUGUAAACCUUUUGCUUGCCUAUUGGAAGAAAUACGUGCAUUCAGCUUUUUGUGUAGAUUUGUUACUCGUUUGCUUGUGUGUAAUAUAUUCAGGUGAACAACAUCAGUAAUUGUUUCGUGUUAUGACAACAUUAAAUGAAGGACACUCAGUGACUUUUGUACCUUUUUUUUCUUUUAAUUAUGUG